GUAACCGCCGGUGACGUCACUAGAUCGUGGAAGGGGACAAGAUGGCGUCGUCAGAUGUUGUUACCGAAGUUGAAAUACAGCCAGAGAUACAGGAGGUAGAAAUCGAAGCUAUACCUGUAGAAAUGUCGGUAGAAACUGUGGAAACGACGGUGGAAUCUGUAGAAGGACAGCCCAUGAUAGCCCUACAACCGUUACCCGAGCCCGGACGUGAGAUCAUACUACAGACACAAGAAGAAAUAGUGGGUAAUGACGGAGACGGAGAAGUUUUAAGCGGAUACGAUCACAUUCCUGUACCGACACCGGAAGUUAUUAUAGAAACGAGUCCGAGUACCUCUGGUAAAAAAGGUAGAAGGGGUAAAAAGGGCAGAAGAGGAAACAGCGAUUUAAAUUACGAUGCCACCGAAAGGUCUACGGGUGCCAGGAAAUGGGAACAGAAACAAGUGCAAAUUAAAACAUUGGAAGGUGAAUUUUCCGUUACCAUGUGGGCAUCGGGAGCCGAUGAGGAUGAUAAAAGAGAUUUAACAGUUGUGGAAGAUGCUUCAACACCUGAACCAGAUCCAGACUAUACAGAGUAUAUGACAGGAAAAAAGAUACCUCCAGGUGGAAUUCCUGGAGUAGAUCUUAGUGAUCCUAAACAACUAGCAGAAUUUGCAAAGAUGAAACCUCGAAAACAAAGUGAUGAUAUUGCAAGAACAAUUGCUUGCCCCCAUAAAGGAUGUACUAAAAUGUUUCGUGACAAUUCUGCAAUGAGAAAACAUCUUCAUACUCAUGGACCCAGAGUUCAUGUGUGUGCUGAGUGUGGUAAGGCUUUCGUGGAAAGUUCUAAACUUAAACGGCAUCAGUUGGUACAUACAGGAGAAAAGCCAUUCCAGUGUACAUUUGAAGGUUGUGGAAAACGAUUUUCUCUAGAUUUUAAUCUUCGGACUCAUGUACGAAUUCACACUGGUGACAGACCAUAUGUUUGUCCGUUUGAUGGUUGCAGCAAAAAAUUUGCACAGUCAACUAAUUUGAAGUCUCAUAUCCUCACACAUGCUAAAGCUAAGAAUAAUGCCCAAAGGAUUGCAUCUAUGGAAUCACAGCAAAUAACAUUUGCUUUUGAACAGGAAUGAAACACCAGGUGAGAAAAUAGUGCACAAGAACUUGUUACCCAAGAGUCCUUAGUAAAAUUGACAUGUGUACAAUCACAGUAUAUAUUAACUAAGGACAUUUUAUACUUGGGACACGACAUUGGGUAUCCUGUUCUCCUGGCAUUAUCGGUACCUCAUUUAUCGAUGGAUAAAACAACAACCGUCACGGAAACGCAGCAUGAAUUUUUGUUUCAGUAGGUUUGCUGGAGGUUUCAAAGCCAGGAAGUUAGCACUACUUACUUUCUCACGUUACGUGACAAGUCCAUCAAUCUGUAUACUAUGUACAAAGCUUGUGUAUUGAUAUUUUAAUUUCUUUGUACUCUAUGGAAAUGCUGCAUCUCAAAAAUACCUUCUUCUGUGUAAAGGAUGUAUUUUCUAUAUAUUAAUUAUGACAAUGUGGAGUAAAAAACAAAGCACUUCUUUUUCUGUACAUUUUUUAGAUGCAUUACUUGGAGUGGCUAUUUAAUAUGUCAUUCCAUUUCCCUUGUUGUGAAGUUUUUUAUUUGAACUUGGAUCUUCAACAUUAUGUUUUUGACUGUCACCACAAAUCAUCCUGAAAUGUUUAUAAUGGAAGAGUGGAAUACGUCAACUGCUUAUGUGAAACAAUAAAAAAAUUUUUUUGAAAACAUGGAAAAAUACACAUUAACAAUUAGUUAUGUGGUAAAUCUGUAGCAAUAGCUCAGAGGCUAUUAAACAUUGUAAUAUAAAGUGUUUUCCCCUUAAUCAGUAUAUAUAUCAUAUGAUUUUACAUCAGAUUGUGGUAUAUCAGUUUAUCCUUCACAGAUUUAAUUGUAAUUUAGCAUAAAAUAAUAAUUUGUUAUAUUCAAUCAUUAUGAUUUUCCAAGUGUCCUAACAUUCAUUUAUAAUUUUUUGAAUUAAUUAUUUUUCUUUCUAAAAUUCAGUUUAGAAUUUUGAUUUUAACAAAUUGUACAACAUAAACACAAACUUUUUGUUAUUACAGUGCCAAUAUGCCAUUAUUUCAUACAGAAUCAAUAGAUUGAUUGUUUUGUUCAGGUAAAUAUGGUAGGUUUCUCAGAAAUGAAUAUUUGCACUUUGUCAUUUAUUCGCUCACCAACAAUAAACACUUCUAUACUAUUAUUGUUGAUCUCUUAUUCCAUAUGUUCUGGUUUUAAGAUCAUAAUAAAUAAAUAAUAAUUAAAGAUACAAAUAAAGUAAAUAAAGUACAAAUGA